ACGCCAUGGGGUCCGUGACUGACGACGAAAUCAUACGGAAGCGUCUCCUAAUUGAUGGAGAUGGCGCUGGAGAUGAUCGGAGAAUUAAUCUGCUAGUGAAAAGUUUCAUUAAAUGGUGCUACUCUGGAUCCCAGGAAGAGGACUACAGCCAGUACCAACGUAUGCUGCUCACGCUGUCCCAAUGUGAAUUUUCAAUGCGCAAAACUUUGCGGGUAUAUGAUAUGAAUCUCAGAGAAAUGGAAAAUUAUGAAAAAAUUUACAAAGAAAUAGAAUGUAGCAUUGCUGAAGCACAUGAAAAAAUUGCUGAGUGCAAAAGGCAAAUUCUUCAAGCAAAACGAAUACGAAAAAAUCACCAAGAAUAUGAUGCAUUGGUAAAAGUGAUCCACCAUUAUCCAGACAGGUGUGAGACAUUAAAGGAACUAGAGGCUCUGCGUAAAGAAUUAGAGCAUCUUUCACAUAUUAAAGAAGGUGUUGAAGAUACGCUGGAAUUGAGAAGGAAACAGUUUUACGUUCUUCUUACUGUCCUCCAUGAACUUAAUCAAACAACGGAAAAUUAUGAAAAGCCCGCAAAGGUAGAAGCAGCUCAAGAAACAAGCAUGGAAACUGAUCCUAAACCACAGACCAACUGACCACUCACCAUUCCCAAGAAUAUUGAAGUAGCAACAUGAUCUUAGUGUGUUCAGAAUUUGUUGUGCUCUUGAGACAUUUAAAGUGAGACAUUUAAAGUUUUGGCAGUGAACUACUUUGCCUUUAAAUAUUAAUGCACAGUUCAUUCAUAUUUCUUCACACAAAGGAACAUGACUUCAUUAUAUAUUUGUUUUUAUUGAAAUGCCUUUUUUGUACUUAAAAGAUAGGAAGCAACAUCCAAAAAUGUUUAAUGUUUUCAAGCCAGAUAUGUUAGUGCUCGUUGGUAUUCUAGGUAGUUUUUGGUCACAAAAUAAGUGGAAGAUAGUGAGAAGGUGGCAUUUCUAGGAUGUAUAUGAGAAAAUGAGUCAAUUUCUGGAAAUCGUUACCACUUUUGAAAAUGAAGUCCAUGAAUAGGCUCUCAGGAGGGCUGUGACCUUGUGAAAUUAAGUACAAAAUGUUUGUGAUGUACGCUUAUUGUGGGAGAGUUUCCAUGAUAGUAAGAAGCACUGAUAGCAGAGGUAAUUACAAGAUGCAAAGUAAAUCAAUAUGUAUUACUUUCUAGAUCUCUGUCCUUAAUACUUGAGCAAUGUGGUUGUUAAAUGUUUUGUUGAGAUGUUUUCUCUCUAUCGUUUUGUUCUG